AUGGCCAAAAAAGGCAAUGGGGGGCGGGGCAAAGCCGACUCCAUGGCGACGCUGCAGGCGGCCAAUGAGGAGCUCCGAUCUAAGCUGACGGAGAUUCAGAUCGAACUGCAGCAGGAGAAGACCAAGGUGAGUCGUCUGGAGCGGGAGAAGGCUCAGGAGGUGAAGGCGGAGCAUCAUCGUUCGGCGGCCGCGCUCACGUCGCUCAGGUCCAAACUCCACGAGGAGAAACUCAGAGAAGUGGGCGGAGUCAGGGAGCAGUUACUACGGCAACACGAGAUGGAGCUGAUGAGAGUCAUCAAAAUAAAAGACCAAGAAAUCCACCGACUCAACGCGCUCGUUUCCAGCCUCCAGCAGGGCUCCACCGACAAGGUGCGCUCGUCUCUCCUGUCGGACCUGGAGGAGGGCAGGAGGUCCUGGGAGGUGGAGCGGUCCCGUCUGCAGCAGGAGGUUCUGGAGCUGCGCGGGUCCAAGAGGAGCUCGGAGGAAGCGCUGAGCUCGGCCCAACAGGAAGUCCAGGCCCGGUCCACAGAACUCCGCAACGCCCACUACAGGCACCAGGAGGAACUGCAACGCAGCAGGAGGGAGAGCGAGAGGGAAAUACGACGACUGGUUCCAGACGACAGAGACCUGCGUCGAUUUCAGCUGAAAAUCGCUGAGCUCAGUUCAGUCGUCAGAAAACUGGAGGAUCGGAACUCACUGCUGUCGGAAGAACGAAACGAACUGUUAAAGCGUCUCAGAGACACAGAGUCUCAGUUUCUUCCGGUUUUGGACAAAAACAAACGUCUGAGUAAAAAGAACGAGGAGUUGGCUCUGAGCGUCCGACGCCUCGGAAACAAACUGCGCUUCGUCACACAAGAAAACAUGGAGAUACAGGCCAUGGUGAGAAUACUAAGGAGACCGUCGUCUCUGAACGACCUGGACCGAUCCCACUGCUCCGGUUUCCACGGUUACGGCGUAGACGAGAGAGAAAUGGAGUUUCUACGGUUACAGGUGAUGGAGCAACAGAACAUCAUCGACGACCUGAGCAAGGCCCUGGAAACAGCCGGCUACGUCAAGAAUGUGAUCGAACGAGACCUGCUCCUGAGACACAGACGCCAAGACUCACUGAAGAGAAGAAGAACCUUCAGAGCCUGUAGAGUGAUAGAAACGUUUUUCGGUUAUGAUGAAGAGGCUUCGUUCGACUCAGAUGGAUCCACUCCCUCGAUCCACACAGACCGGACCCCAGACCAGGACCCAGAUUCAGAGGUGCGUGAGGAGGCGGAGCUCAGGUAUCGUCAGUUGAAUCAGGAGUACCAGGCUCUGCAGCGAGCGUACGCCCUCCUGUCUCAGACCUGCGGGGGGCGCUACGACCCCGAGACCGAGAUCAAGAGUCGGGAGCAGCUCCUGGUGGAACUCAGUUUGUACCAAACCAAAGUCGCAGACCUGGAGUCAGCGCUCAGACAACAGGGACAGGACUUGAAGUGGGUGGAGGAGAAGCAGGCUCUGUUCCAGAGGAACCAGGAGCUCCUGGAGAAGUUGGGCGAGUGCGAGUGUGAGGAGCUGCGUCUGAGGAGCGAGAUCCAGGACGUGAGGGACCAGAACGAGCUGCUGGAGUUUAGGAUCCUGGAGCUGGAGGAGCGAGAGCGCCGGUCUCCAGCUCUCACCUUCCAACAACUCCAUUUCCCAGAAGGCCUCAGUGCUCUGCAGAUCUACUGCCAGGCCGAGGGCAUCACGGACAUCGUGAUGACGGAGCUGAUGAAGAAGUUGGACAUUUUGGGCGAUAACGCCGUAAGUAAUCUGUCGAACGAGGAGCAGGUUGUGGUGAUCCAGGCCCGGACGGUGCUCACUCUGGCCGAGAAGUGGUUGGAGUCGAUUGAAGUGACUCGUUCUGCUCUGAACCAAACCAGACUCGACAUCCAGAACGAGAAGGAGCAGUUUUCUAAACUGAAGGGAUAUUUGGACGAAGAACUCGACUUCAGGAAACAGUCGAUGGACGAGGCUCAUAAGCGUAUCCUGGAGCUGGAGGCCAUGUUGUACGAGGCCUUACGUCUGGAGGAGCAGACGUCACUCAAACAGGAGCUGCGAGCUGAUAGGCUGACGGAGGAGCAGAGGGCGGAGCUAAGCCGAGCCGUGGACCAAUGGAAACGCAGCGUGAUGUGUGAGCUCCGAGAACGCGACGCACAAAUCCUGAGAGAGCGGAUGGAGCUACUGCACCUGGCACAACAGAGGAACAAAGACCUGGAGGAGGUGAUCGAAGCACAGAAACGACAGAUCAAAGAACUCGAGGAGAAGUUCCUCUUCCUGUUCCUCUUCUUCUCUUUGGCCUUCAUCCUCUGGUCCUAACCCCGGAUCAUAACCGGAUCACAACCGGACUAAAGAUGGUCUCAACCCUGGAGCU